UCACACUGGCCGCGAUUCGAUUGAUUCAGACUCCUUUCCAAUUGUUUAAUUUUGAAGCGUUCCUUACGACACUAUCCUGUCACUCCACAAACGAAUUAUGGAACUGAGUUAAUCGUCGCCCAGGCCAGAGAACACACAACACACACACACAUGGCUGGCAUAUGUCCCCGCGAGGCGGUGCGGGUGAAAGUGAAGAAAUGCGAGCCGACGGCGCGAUCGGAGUGGCGCAAGUUCUCCGUGGACCCGCAGAUCACCACACUGGAGGUGCUGUACAGCCUGCUGGCCAAGGCCUUCGACGUCAAGUCGGACUUUUCCAUCAAGUACAAGGCCUUCGAUCCGGCGGGCAAUGAGAUCUAUCUGGCAGUGCGCUCUGACUGGGAUUUGGACGCCGCCUUCCUGCGGAUACACAACAUAUCCAUUCAGACGGCCUCGGAGCCCUGCCUGAUACUGCAGAUCGAUGUCAAGCCAUUCACUGUGGUCCGCGAGUGCGAGACAGAGGCUUCGCCCGGCCGAACUUCCGCGGGAGCAGCCGCUGCUCCACCGAGUUCUGCUCCCCCUGCGCCAUCUGCCCGCGAGUUGAUAUCACCACUGCAGUCGCUGGGUGUCUCCCAAAAGUAUGUGCAGCAUAUGCAGACGAAGCUGGGCAGCUCCAUACUGAACCAAAUGGAGAAGACCUUCUCUAUAGUUCAGAAAGCUUUUAACCUGUCCGAGGAGCACAUGGCCAACCUGCCUCCCCGACCACCCAUGUGUGACAGCGAGUUCCGCCUGUUCCUCGACGCUCUGGGCCAGAUUCAGCGCAAGGAUGAGCUGCACAGGGUCAUAUUUCUAGGCGGUAUCGAUCCAAGCUUGCGUCGCGUGGUGUGGAAGCAUCUGCUCAACGUGUAUCCUGGUGGAGCUCAUGGCCUGGCCCUCGACGGCCACCAGCGCAUGGAGUUUAUGCGGCGCAAGUCCGAGCAAUAUUGCCGGCUGAGGGACACCUGGAAGGCGGCGGUGAAGCGAGGCAGCGUGGCCGGCGAGCUGGCCUAUGUGACCAGCAUGGUGAAGAAGGAUGUGCUGCGCACGGACCGCCUGCAUCCCUUUUACGCGGGCAGCGACGACAAUCAGAAUAUAGCGGCGCUCUUCAACAUCCUCACCACGUACGCUCUGAACCAUCCGACGGUGUCGUAUUGCCAGGGCAUGUCGGACAUCGCCUCGCCGCUGCUGGUCACCAUGAACGACGAGGCGCAGGCCUACAUCUGCUUCUGUGCCAUAAUGGCGCGAGUGCGAGGCAAUUUCAUGCUGGACGGAAUCGCAAUGACACAGAAGUUUGCCCAUUUGACGGAGGCCUUGAGCUUCUAUGAUCCGGAGUUCUGGGAGUACCUCAAGUCACAGCAGGCGGACGACCUGCUCUUCUGCUACCGCUGGCUUCUGUUGGAGCUGAAACGGGAGUUCCCCUUCGAGGAUGCCCUGCGCAUGCUGGAGGUGCAGUGGAGUUCGCUGCGGUACGCCAGCGGUGGUGGUGACAAAGAACUGCAGCUUUUUGAGAAGGAAUUCGUGCCUCUGUCGGAGAGUUCCAUGCCAAAUAGCGCCAGCACCUUCUCCAGCUCGUACAGCGCCACGCCGACGAGUCCCUCUUAUUUGCUGACCAAGCCCCGGGAGAAUCCCUAUACCAAAGUCUGUGCCCUGCGUCGUCAGAGCUCUUCGGCCUCGCUGAGCUCUCUAAGCUCUUCCCUGGGCGCCACGGGUCAUGCCCUGGACAAUACGAAGCGGUUGAAUCACAGCCUGGACGACAAUAUGUCGCGACAUGCUACAGCGGCUGCUCGAAGGCAGCGACGGACCUCGGCCAAGGCUCACCAGAGCCUGGAUGAGUCCAAGAUGCUGGCCCUGAUCGAGGGUGCCAUGGAGAAUUCGAAUGUCAAGUCGGUGCAGGACUUGUCGGCCGGCGAGGACACGGAGGACGAUGAUGUCUUCGAUAGGAAGGAAUCACCAAGUUUUCUGGAAACGAAUCCCUUCAAAGAUGAUGCCCAGAAGACGCCGGAAAAAGUCAAGGACAUAGCACCGCCCGGACGGGCUUUCCUGUGCAGCUCUUCCUCCUCGAUUGUAGACGAGGAUCCCGCGGACAGGAAGUCCAAGCUGCAGCACAAGAACAUUCUGGCCGUAAGCAAUAUCAUUGCCAAGCAGCUAGCCUCGAAUGCCAGCCAGGUGAGCGAGAGUGUCAAGUGGGUGAGCAGCUCCAGUGGCGGGCACUUCAAGGAUCUCAAGGAGAAGCUGGCGGCUACUAGUCGCCUUGGUCUCUCAUUCGAUGGCGAAUCCGCCGAGGACGAGGGCGAGCGGAAGAUGCCUCCAAAGCUGGUCAAGAACUUCAAUGAAUUCCUCAACUUUGCAACCAUCAACAAGAACCGGAUCUCUGAUCGUUUUGCCAAUCAGCAGCAACAACCAACGACGACGACAGCUCCUGCUGCGGUCACCAAACCUUUAGUGCAGCUCACAAAGGGCGGACUGGGCAGCUCCCUAGACGAAUCCGAUUCCUCUUCGGUUCCCGAAACCAGCUGGAGUGCCUCCACAGCCGCAACGGCCAUACAGCAGGCGCAGGAGUUGAGCAGCUAUAACCUGCAGUUGGAUCUGGAGGGGAAUCAUCCCGGCGAACCGGACGAGACAAGCACGCCGCCGGAUCAGGAACAGGAUCCGGAGAACGAUCAGGAGUACUAUCCCAUGACGACGGCCAUAACGCGAGAGUUGCGGCUGGAAGCGGAGAACCUGGAUCGCCAGGUGUUCGGGCUGCCCUUCACGGACAACGAGAACGAGAAGCGGGACGACAUCGAGUACGAGAAGCUGGACAAAGACGCCAUGGAUCUGGUGGAGGACCUUAAGGAGAAUGAGAUCAUCACAUGUCCCGAUGUCAGCGAGCUGCAUCAGCGCCGACGCCAGCGGCUAGCGGCCAAGAGCAACAGUGUCCAGCAGAACGAGUCGCAUACGUUCAAUCCCUUCAUUGACGAAAGCCAACUCCUAAUGGAUGGACACACGCCCCUGGGAAUGCGCAGCAGUAGCAGCCUGCCCGAGGUUAUCCUGCCCAUUUCCACGGAACCCAGCCUGGUGGAGGUGUCGCCACUAGUGGAGAUUGCCACAAAUGCGGACGAUGAGAGCGCCUACACGCGUUCGCCACAGCGAGCGUCCAAUCUUAAUGGCGUCACGGCGGGGGCUCUGCCUCCACCAUCGGAAUUCGGCGGCGGAAAUGCCUUCCUCAUGUUCCUUUGCCUCACACUGCUGCUGCAGCACCGCAACACCAUCAUGAAGGCGGGCAUGGACUACAACGAGAUAGCGAUGCACUUUGACAAGAUGGUGCGCAAGCACGAUGUCACCCGGGUGCUCAACCAGGCCAGGCGCAUGUACAUCGAGUACCUCAAAGCGCAGAGCAGUCCCCAGCGCCAGAGGUCGCCCAGUGCAGCGGCGGCUGCUUCUACCCAAGGCACCAACUUGACGGCCUCGAUGCCGGCGUAAGGCAGUUCCGUUGCAAUCUUAGUGUUCCCCCGAUUAGGCCCAACUCUCUCCUUGCUGAAUUCAAAUAUUUUUUUAAUCAUGGAAAAGGUUUUCUUAGAAAAAAAACCUAUUUGCAUUUUUAAUUGGUCUGCUUUCAACUUGAUAAAUUUUUGAUUUAGUAUUAACCCA